ACGUUCUAGACAGUGCCUGUGCACUCCUGUAAUACUUCUCAUCAGUGGAACCUUUAUAACCAUUAAAUAAAGAAGCCUCAACUGCUUCUCAGAGUUAUUGCGUGGUACAGAUGGGGAAAUUGAGGCACAGAGAGACUUAUUCAGCAAGUCAAUAGGGAUGUGAGGUGCUUCCAGACACUAGGUUCUUUUUUUCCCCUUGUGGCUUCCUCUUUUUUUUUUUCCUUUGUCUCGGAUAAGCGCUGUUACCCACUGGUUUCCCCUUUCUUCUUUCUAAUUUUUACUCUGAGUCAUCUGUAUUGCAAAUAGACUAUUUAGGGAGGCUGCCAUGUAGCUGGGUUUGCUGGGAGAUGGGACAAAGAGCAUUGCCAUGCUGAGCCAGUGAGAGAAGGAGCCGAGGAGAGCCCGGGAGAGGAGGAAACACUUGAUGCGCAGAGCCAGACAAGAAGACCUGGCCUGCCAGUAUUUCUUGCUCUCCACCAUGUCGGAGCAGGAGGAUGACGAGAUGUGCUGGAAUAACUUGGAGAACUUCCGGGUGAAGCUGAUCUCGGUGAUAGACCCCUCCAGAAUAACGCCUUAUCUCCGCCAAUGCAAAGUGAUUAACCAUGAUGACGAAGAGCAAGUGCUUAAUGACCCCAGCCUGGUGGUCCGGAAACGGAAAGUAGGCGUCCUCCUGGAUAUACUUCAGAGGACGGGCCAGAAAGGUUUUGAGGCCUUUCUCGAGAGCCUUGAGCUUUACUACCCACAGUUGUAUAUGAAAAUAACCGGCAAGGAGCCCAGCAGGGUCUUUUCAAUGAUUAUCGACACCGCGGGGGAAUCGGGCCUGAGCCAGCUCCUGAUGAACGAGAUCACGAAGCUGCAGAGUGCCGUGCAGGAGGAGAGGAGGAAAGCCCAGGAGCUCAACAUGUGGCUCCAUGCCAAGGAGGAUGCGCUCAAGGAGAUGCGGGUGAGGGACAGCGUGCUGCGGAAGCACCAGGAGAGGGCCCAGAAGAUGAAGGAGGAGAGGGACAGCUUGGCCAAGGAGCUGCGGAAAUGCAAGGACGAGAACUACGACCUGGCCAUGAGCUACGCCAAGCAGAGUGAAGAGAAGAACGCAGCCCUGAUGAAGAACCGGGAUCUGCAGCUAGAGAUUGACCAUCUGAGGCACAGCCUGAUGAAGGCCCAGGACGACUGUACACUGGAGAGGAAACACACCAUGAAACUGAAGCAUGCUAUUGAGCAGCGACCGAGCCAUGAAGUGGUGUGGGAGAUCCAGCGGGAGAAGGAGCUGCUGCUGGCCAAGAAUCAAGAGCUGGAGAACACGCUCCAGGAAGGGAACUCUGAGAAGAACAGCCUCUACGUCCAGACUCUGGAAGCUGAUCGGAGACGGGCACUGGCGGAGCAUCAGGAGCUGGUGAACACCAUCUACAGCCUGCGCAAGGCGCUCAAGCAAGCAGAGGAUCUCCAGGACAAACAUGCGGAGGAGAAGGAGCUGCUGGAGCUGCAGUGCAUGUCCCUGAGGAAGGACUCUCGGAUGUACAAGGAUCGCAUCGAGGCUAUCUUGAAGCAGAUAGAAGAAGUGGCUGCAGAAAGAGACCAGGCACUGCUGACCCGAGAGCAGUUCCACAUGCAAUACUCCAAGAGCCUGGUCGACAAAGACGCCUACCGCAAAGAGAUCCGGGAGCUGGGGGAGAGGUGUGAUGAGAUGCAGCUACAGCUGUUCCAGAAGGAGGGCCAGUUACUAGCCGCUGAGGCCAAGCUGAAAAAGUUGCACCUGGAGCCACCCACGCUGACUUCUGACCUAGAUGACGCCUCACCCAGGAGUUCCCAAGAGCUCUCUUUCCAUGGAAACCUGGAUGAGGACACGCUGCUGUCUGAUAAAAAAGAUCUCUCUGACGGUCGGGAUCAGCAGUUCAAUGCGUUAGAGAGCAUCCAGGGCCUGCAAUCGUCAAACGAAGGUGGCCCACCCAACGGAGAACUGGCUGAGAAGGAGCGGCGGCGGAUGAAGGACAGCUUUGAGCACUAUCGGAGGUCUGGCCUGUGCGCUCAGGACUGCUCUUGCCAUGUUUACGUAACCUACUGGUCACUGUGUGUCAUGUCCCCUGCUGUGCCUGAUCCGCGGAGGAUGAGAAUCUGUUACUGCCUUCUCUUCUAGCUCAAGCCGUAGGGACUCGUGCAUUUAGUCCCAGAUGUGCCGAGCAAGUUGGCCAAAAUGGCAGCCGUUGCGUUGCACUGAAACAAGUGUGGAUGUUUUCAGACACACAUGUAUAUCAUGGCCUGUGUCGUAGGCUGCUUAAUGCCAUUGACCGAUUCCACCGUGGUUUAACAGAGGGGUACCCAGAGGACAUGAAGCUGGGGGUGAUCACCUAGGUCAUGGGCAAUGGAUCACAAGGCCACUCACUCAGAUUUGUAGGGGGUCUGUGCAGGGGCUCAUGGGCCAUAGGAGUCAGGCUGCUGGUGGGGAAAAGGGGGUUCCUGAGAGGAGAAGGUGAGGGUCAGGUGGCAGGGAUCUAUGCUCACCCCACCCCAGAUUUUUAAUGGCACUCUGCAGUCCUGGGAGCGCCAUACUUUGGGAACUGCUGGCUUGGUAAGUUUGAUCUAUUUUACUAGCUCAGGGUUCCAUCCUGCUGCUGCUGACACCAAAGACCAAGCUCCUAUUAAUGAGACUCAAGGCAGGUUUGAGCCCUUUCAAAACGAUUGCAAGCUGCCGAGCGCCUCUGUCUCCAUCUUUGGGUAUUGAAGGGACCGAGCAUCAUGUCAAAUGCAGAUCUUAAUUUUCACACUAAAUAGAAAUGAUCCAAAAGAGCUAGAUGCUGGAGCAGAUUACAGGAAACGUCUAAAACUAUGUAGUGUUGCUUCUGUCAGUGGUAGUGUGCUGGGCUCUUAUGUAAUACUUGUAUUCAAGAAGGAACUGAGAGUCAGGAAAUUCUUGCGUUCAGCUCUACUGUACAUUGAGGAAUAUAGGAAUGGCUUUACUGCUCCAGACUAAACCCAGUAAGCUUCUGAUCAGUCUAUAUUGGAUGCUUGAGAGGAAACCCAGAACACUGAUAUCACAAUUGUGGAUAAUUUAUUUGACAAAAAAGUUGCCCCAAUGAACAACGUUGAUUCAACCAGUGCGCCCCAGAAGGUACAGGCGCAUGAUACUGUAUCAUGGAAGGAGUCUUCUUCCUGACCUUCAGCAGGUGAUUACGUUGUGUCCUGGUGCAUGAAGGUAGAUAGGCCGCCUUAAUUUUUACUUUGGCCAGUGUCACUACAAAUGCACAGUCCUGUUUGAGUACUAAUUGAGUUUUUCCAGUUUGCUGGUUUAUGUGUAGUUGAGAAGCUUGUUGCUCAUGGAAUUUUGCUUUUCUCAUAAAUGUUUAACCUAACUUACAGAAAGAGGGCAUUGCGAAGGGUGCAGAAGGGCAGACACCAUGAAGUGGACUGGGAAAACAACACUGGUAGUGACAACACAGACACUGAAGGCUCCUGAUAGCAUCAGCCCAACUGCAACGGGAAUUACAAAAAGUUUGCUGGGGUUAUAGUGCAAGAAUCUUCCGUUCUGCCCGUCCAAGCUGAUUGACAUUUAAAACUUUCUCAACAACCACCUUGAACAUUUUACCAACAUUGAAGGCACUGGAUUGGGAUGCAGAAGAUCUGGACUAUAUUUCUGCCUCUGCCAUAGCAAUCCUAUGUGACCAUGGCCUAGUCACCUAACCUGUUCACGUCUGAUUCAGAACCCUAAUUCUUUUAUAUAUUUAAUGGGGAUGAUGUCCUACCACUUGUGGAAGGACGUCUAAAUGCAUUAAACUCCCAUUGCUGUAGCAGAAAUACUUAUGAUCAUGGUGCUAUGUUAGUGUAUUGUAUUAUUCUGUGCAAAAAACAGUCCAAGUAAAAAAAUAAAGUAUAUUUGCUUCAAAACUGGACUAAGCAAUGUGCUAAACUAUAAAAUAUGCUAAAAGUUGUUGUUAUGGCAACAGCACACAACAAUGGGAUAUGAAAAACCCUGUGUCCGUAUCCAACCUACUAGCUUAAGAAAAUCUUUUCCUUAUGAUUUCCAGAAAAAUAACCAACUGAGGGAGAAUGUAAUACCACUUAAUGCCUCAAUUCCAUAAUUAUUAGCACCAUCAGUUAAAAAAUAACAAGACAUCUUCCCCUCCCCCCCAUCGUGAGACUUUAAUAAAUGGUGGAUUCCUUUUAUUUUAUCUGCUUCCUGCAGUCACGUUUAUGUUUUCUUCCACACCCAUGAGGGAUAGAACAUUACUGUUUUAUUUUUUAAAUGAAACCGGAGGAGCUGGGACAUUAAGCAUGUUUGGUA